UUUCGAGGAAUAAACGUCGCUCUCUCUCUCUCUCUCUCUCCGUCUCAACCUGGUUCGGGAAAGCUCAAAACCAAAGGGUCGAAAAAAACUUGAGAGCGAUUUUGUUUUUGUUUUUUUUUUCAUUAUCAGGGACAAAAAAGGUGCUGUGUCGUCUCUCUAUUGGAGCUCAGCUUCAGAGCUAGGGUUUCGUUUUUCUUUGCUUUUUUUUUUAAGGUUUUCGAUGAAGGUUUCUUUUUAGAUCUCUCACCUAGAAGCUUCACCUCCUGUUCUAGAUGGAACAAAAAUUUUCGGUAUAUUACAAAGUUCUCUUUGUUUAGUGGUUUUGCAUCUGAAGCACCAUGACCCUGGAGGAUUUUUUUACAUUGGCUGAGAUGAAAGAUGGGCUCACAGUCCCUUCACGAGUUGAGGAGCUAGUAACUGUAAUGAAGGAGGAGAAAGAAUCUGUGAAUAAAAAUGUCAGCGAUGUGACCAGGCAGUGGACUGCUGUUGCAAGCACAAUUGCAGCCACCGAGAAUAAAGAUUGUCUCGAUCUUUUUAUUCAACUAGAUGGACUCUUGUUUCUUGACAGAUGGCUGAAGGAUGCUCAGGAAUUUGGUAAUGAAUCGAGUGAUAGUUUUGUGGAAGAAUCAAUUACUGCACUCUUACGAGCUCUUGAAAAGUUGCAUAAAAAUAGGGAGACGUCUGUUUCUUCAGAGAUCUGGACUAUGGUGAAGAGUCUUCUUGGCCACGAUAGCUCUCGAGUUCAGGACAGUGCUAGGUUGCUCUUUGAAAGCUGGAAACAAGGUAGAGUUACUGAUCAUGUUGACAGUAGUGGACCUGAGUAUGAGAUUUCAGGUACUGCUACUGUUAGCGGAGAAAAUAAUGGGCCACAAUGUUCUGCCAAAGAUGGUUCUGUUUCAAGAGGAAGUUCCCAUGAGGAAAAUGAUGGAGCAGAUGCUGCAAAAAGUGAAAACCUUCCUUCAUGCCAAGAUUGUGUUCAACCAGAAAGCGCCAUAGAUUUACCCAUUGAAACUACUAAUGAUGAGCUCCAACCCCACAUAAAUUCGGACCAUUCGAACAUGGAAAACAGGUAUCUGUCUCAUGUGGCCUCCUCUUUUGUGUCAAAUCCUGUUCAAGAGAAUUUGCCCAAAAAGGAAGAUCUCCAUGCAAAAACUGUGGAAGAGACAUCCCGUGAGACCUGCAGUUUACCAGAUUCAAAGAAAGAAGAUAUUGAAGUUUUGGAUGCUCAGAAGUUGAAUGGGUUAUCAAAUGAUGAAAAAUUGUUUGAUGUGACAGCUUCAAACUCUAGUACUGUGGAGCAUGCUGGUGUUGGAAGUGCUCUGGAGAUUACAACAGAACCCAAUUCCCAAAAUGAUUCUGAGGCCAAUAGGAGUCAUGUCCUAAAAUCUGUCAAUCUUGCUGAUGAGAAGACACAUGGCUCUGAGCCAAAGAAAGCAGUGGGUGAUCUGGAAGCAAUGAAUCAUUCCGGCAAUAGUUCACAGCUAUUCAAGAUUGCUGGCAAAGACAUUGAGUCUCAUUUGAGCAUGUUGCGGAGCUCCUCCGAGUAUCAGCUCAUGUAUAAGAAGCCUGGGAAUCUGGAGACUAGAUUUUCCGGGAAGUCAGAUAUUGGAAUAGCAGAAGAAGAUAAGGAGAAUAUUGGAUUUGAGAAUUUUAGGGGUGGUUCUAGGUUUACCGGUACUCCUGUUGUGAUCAAUACAACAUCUGACAUUGAGCUCAAGUAUGGUAUAGUUGAUGCUCUAGAAGUUGCCCGGAUAGUUGCUCAAGAAGUGGAACGAGAAGUCGUAGACGACAGAGAACUUUCCAGAAGCCCUUCAGAGAAGAUUUCGGAAGGUGGUAUUAGGGAACCUAAUGCCCUAGGAUCCAUAAAUGGAAAGCAAGAUCUACCCAGCGAGGCCUUGCCAAAGGAGGUGUCAACUGGACCCACUCAGUCUGCUGGAGCGCAAACUGAGGGGGGUGGGAUUAUUAAUUCAGAUGAUCCAGACAAUGAACCAAAAACUGAGUUGCAUGACAUGGAGUCCUCUCAGGUGACUGUAGCUCAAGAUCCUGAGCCUAACACAGAGAAAAUUCUAUGUGAUUUUGAUCUGAAUCAAGAAGUAUGUUCUGAUGAUAUGGAACGUGCUGCAACUUCCAUCUCCACCCCUGUUUCGGUGGUUUCUGCUUCAAGGGCGGCUGCAGUGCAUUGCUUACCUGCGGCUCCUCUGCAAUUUGAGGGGACUCUUGGAUGGAAAGGAUCUGCUGCCACAAGUGCUUUUCACCCAGCAUCACCACGCCGAAACUGUGAUGGUGAUAAGACUCUAUCCCUUGGCGGAACAAGCAAUAGCUCAAAACAGAGACUGGAUUGCCUUGAUUUUGAUCUCAAUGUUUCUGGGGCCCUUGAUGAACAAGGUGCUGAACUAAUGUCUGGAAAACAGGUUACAGUCUCAUCAGACCUCCAUUCUGCUGAAUCUUCAAAAGAAAACCAUAGAAAAUCCGAGAAACUUGAGCUGGAUUUAAAUUGUAUCAGCGAUGAUGGUGAUGCUACAGCAUUAGAUUCAAGAGUGGAGCAACAACAUUUUUAUGACAGGAAUGGCCAUUGUAGCCAAUCAUCUGUUUCUUCGUCAUCACCGAUGCAGUCUUCUCUGAGGAACUUCGAUUUGAAUGACAGACCAUAUAGUCAAAAUAAUGCCUUAGAACUAAGACCAUAUCCUGGUAGAUCUUCACGAAAUGCUCUUGCCGUUGGAGGGCCUAAACCCAAUGAUCCUGUCAUUUCUAUAAUGGGUGCUAGAGUGGAAGUCAAUAGGAAUGAAUUUGUUUCUCAGAUUUUAUCCUUUCCAAAUGGCAAGGCCCUUGACCCGGCAACUGAUGGAAGUAUCUCAAGGACUGCAGGGUUUAUGGGGUUAGUUCCCACGGCGUCAUAUACACAUUCUCCUGCUUUUAGUGCUAACGGACUGCCUUUGGCGCCAAAGAUGUCCUCCUCUGCCAUUUAUGGGGCUAGUGGUUCAAUACCCUAUAUCGUUGAUUCAGGUGCACCCAUUGUGCCUCAGCUUAUGGGCUCUGCACCAGCUGUUCCAAUAGCUUACUCUCAAGCACAGUUCAUGAUGGGCAUGAGCAAUGUGAGUGCUGGUUUAAAUGGUUCAGGCCCCUCACAGCCUAAUUUCGAUCUGAAUUUUGGAUUAGCAAUUGAGGGAGGAAAUACAGAGUCCGUGGGUUUAAGGCACCCUUUCAUGCCUGCUCAAGGUAGGUCAAUAGAAGAACAUUUGAGGGCAAACACACAAGCCUCCUCUAGUUCUGGGGUCGCCAUGAAAAGGAAGGAACCGGAUGGUGGAUGGGAUCCAUACACAUUUAACUACAAACAGCAGCAAUUCCCAUGGAAACAGUAAGUUCAUAUUACGUUGCUCCUCCUUCCCUCUGGAUCAUCUCAUAAGUCCAAGUUAACUGAUGCUUGCAUUGCCAAAGAUGCCUGGAAAAUCGGAGAGCCCAUUGACUUUUGUGGGAGGGGAGUUGAACUGAAUAAAACGGGGAAAUGACGAAUGUAAUAUGAUUCAUGAGGUUGAUUGCCAAAGUUGGGGGAAUUAGAUUUUAAUUGUUUUAGUUUUGCCUUAUUUUCAUGUUUUCAUUUUCUGCGUUCCAUAGAAGAAGGCCAUUGCAACCGCAGAAGGCUUGGUACAUGUAGGUGUAACUUAUUUCCUUUAUGUCACAGAAAGAUAAAGAAACUGUGCUUUUCUUACCA